AUGGCUCCGAAAAAGAUUAGUUGGCAGAGGACGGUUGCGACCAUGCAGGCGCAGGAUUUGGCGCGGGAUGACGACUUUUUGAGCCAUAUUCUGGUCGACACACUUGCGUCUGACCGGCCGCUGGGAGUACAUAAAAUGGACCCAACACGGCCAUUACCCGAGUGCGACUCGCGGGAUAUUCUGCGCAUCGUCCGCAAGUUGGCGCUUACCCCCGUGCGAGAUUAUCUAAAGAAAAAGACGCAGCGGCAGAUCAACUGUUUUGCGACCCAUGCUUCCCGCUACUUUGAGCUCUAUCUCCCCAAUGGCCAGAUCGAAAUCGCCUCGACGUCGCGUUAUACGUGGAAGACAGGCAAGUCGGAGCUGUGUGUAUUGGCAACUCAGCCGCUAGGGGCUGCCGCGGGCACUCUGAUCAGCUCCGAGUUCAAGGGCCAGAAGAUCCACGAGCUCAAGGGUAGUAUCGCCGAUCUUACCAACAAGGAAGAUGACGAACUCAGGCGAAGCAGCGGCUCGGCAUCACGCGACUUUAGUGUCAUUUACAGCCAUCAGAAGGGGUGCAAUCAGCUCUUUCUUGGUCCAGCCCGCUUUGUCAAUCACGAUUGUAAUCCCAAUGCCGAGUUGUUUCGUGAUGGCAAAUACAUUACCUUUCGGGUUUUGAGACCUAUACCUGUGGGUGAGGAGAUUACUGCAUCGUAUGGGCCAGAUUACUUCGGCAAGCAGAACAAACACUGCCUGUGUGCGACAUGUGAGGGAGCUGGUCGUGGAGGAUAUGCCCCACCGGGCACUUACCCCGAAACCAGCGAUUCCGAACGCGAGAAGGAAUUUCUCAAGCGGCAGCAGAAACAGCAAGCAGAGGAUGCCAAUCCCAGCUCAGACGCACAACCCACCGACACUCCUGACCAACCUAGCCCUUCCAAGGACCCAAGCGCUCUUACUGGAACGACCAACACCCCCCUGCCCCCACGCCGUACCAUUGUACCAUUGGUCGCUGUGCCCUCCGGAGUAGAAGACACAGCCGAGGGGGAUCACGAGACGACGUCAUACGGUGACACAGAUGCCGAAAUCGUCGAUGUUAGCGACAGUGAACAUGAACCCGAACCCAAUACUGAUAUUGAACUCGACGAUGGCCGGGAAACAGACGCUGGGCCGUUGGGAGCCGAAGAAACCGAUGCCCCCAUGGAUAUCUCUGACGAUUCGGAUAUGGACUCCCCACCUCGCGUUAAGAUUUCGCUUAACCCUAGUUCGCCGCCACUCUCCCCUCGUCCGACGUCACGACUCACCCUGGCGGACAUGCUCAAUGCCGACCCAGACGCUCAGCUAUCUAGGUUGAAGCUCCGAGCGAGAAACUCGGACACGAGUAGUGCACCCUUGUCAUUGAAUAUCCCUGUCCCUGUAAAGGAUCCAGUACCGCAUGGACCUGCUAAACGAACUAGGGCAAGUGUGUUGUCGACUCCGACAGAUAGCGCCGCAUCCACACCUUCACCCUCUGUCCCGCCAGAAGCGGUAUCUAGGCGUUCCUCCUCCCGUCUGAACCCGGCCAAGGAGAAGGAGAAGUCUGCUGGCGCUAGUGCCGCUACCGCUCAGGGCCAGUUUCCUACCCCACCACUAUCAGAUGAAGGCGCCACUCGAUCGCUUCGCUCUCGUGCAUCUGCUCUCACUGCUCCUGGCCCCAAUGCCUCGGCCCAGCCCCAACCCCAAGCUCAGCAACCCACAGCCCGAGUCACUCGUCGUGCAUUCCUUAAACCUGCUGCCCCACGCCGAACGUCUACUCCGACUACUGUUCAACCUCGUCCAGAAAAGAAAGUAGCACGUAAAGGAAAAGAUUGUCAAAUCUGUUUUGCGAGUUUACCUAAACCCAACAAGGACGAUCCGCUCCCUCUACGAUCGAGGAUAAAGUGCUUUCGAUGCGAUCGACAUUAUGCGAUUUUCGGCGUUGAUUGGCCUAAGCGGUUCGUGGUUGGCGCCGCGGCUGCGUCGAUCGAGGAAGAGUCUGACGAGGAACAAGAGUCUGACGACCAGUCUGUCAAGCCAAAUAGCAAGAAACGACCGGCGCCUGAAUCCGAUAGCGAGAAUGAGCGAGAGCGGAAGAAGAGGCAUGCAGAAAGACAGGCCAGGUGGGAGGCCAAGGAGGCGAAACGCCAGAGGAAGAUGGAGAAGGCUGCGAGGCGGGAGGAAAAGGCGAGAAGGAGGGAGGAAAAGGCAAAGAAAGGGAGGAGAGGAUCAAGAGGAGGGAGGAAGGGAGAGGCUCGAAGUUGUCUAUGCUGGGAUUGCGGAUUUGAUCAAGGAUACGUUUGGUGGAGAGAUCGGGGUCGAGGGCGAGGACGGCAAGGAGCAUGUGCAGCCUCGAGAGUCGAGGUUGAGUGGUCCAGGUGGAAGGGGAAUCUUCGGUUGAGCUCGAGGUUGUCGACGUCUCUGGGGAAGUGGAAGAGGAGGAAGGGCAGAGUGGACUUCGAGUCGUGCUCGUACCGCCUCGAAAUCGGUUAUUCCUCAAAACCCCAACCCGCAUGCAUUUGGCCGGAUCCCACGAUUGGUUUACCAGGACGAUCCAAUACUCGAGGGACGCCUCCUGUGAGCUCAAAGGAGAGCAGGGUGGCUCUGGUGGGUGGAAUGAGUCGACCUUUUGGGAACGAUUCGAUUCGAACCCUUCCAAGCGAUGGAAUCCGGACGCCCCCCGCAAGCGACCUAGAGAGCGAUUCCGACGACGCUGGCUCGGAAUGGGACUCGGAUUGCCAUCCCUCGGACCCAGAUGCACGAAGUGUCGCUUCUCCUACCAGACAUCGAACGACCUUGCCCUCGCCGCCUCAUUCCGAUAUUGGCCACGACCCAGACGACUGCGCAGAUGGCGACUUUCCGCUCCGCACAAUGGGCAUGUGGAAACUUUGGACCCCAUUGGCUGGGGCGUGCCGACGGGGUGUGGACGAGGUUGUCGGACAGGCCAAGCAACUUGUUGCUGAAUUGGAUAGUGACGAUGAAGGAUGGGGGAGCGCUCUGUCCGAGGCGUCGGUUGAAGAAGUCGAACAGUGCCGGGUUGUGGGUGACGAAUAUACGGGGAUCGAUGAUAAUGAUCUAGAGGUCGUUCCUUCCUCUGCCCGACAGCACGUUAUCGCUCGUCCCGUUCGUCCAACCGCUCUAUCGGAUUUUCCGGCUCUUGCAAGACGCGAAACGAUAUCGUUUGGCUUCCCGGACGAUCAUACGGACCGUCCGGUACCUCAUCCUGACACUUGGGUUGAUCCUCUUCCUGCACGACAGCUCCCAUACUUUAAGAAGACACUUACAGUGCCCACCCUCACGAUCACAACCGCUGCCAAGCGCGAAGCUUCGUAUCGACCGUUCACUCCUGAGAGCCUACCUGGCCCAAGCAAGAGUCCUACGCCAGGCCACGGGUCGAAACAGACACGAAUCCGACGAGGACAUGGGCGAUAUAGACUGGAGCCAAACUCAGCGCAAGACGCAAACCCAGACGCAAAAGGGCAAGGAGCGGGCGACGCACGAUGGAGGGACAAGAACUUUCUGACGUACGAUCCGGAUAUGCCAGAGAGCGCGAAGCGCGAGGUUAGGGUUGCCUACAGGCAACUUAUGGAUGCUACUAUUGAGCAUGGUAAGGAUGCGAAGCAUAUUAGUAUGGAUGAUAUGAGACAGGCUUUGACCAGGGCGAACGAUGCGUUCAGCAGAGUCAAGGGACCGUCGGAAGCUAUACUCGAUAGCCACCUCCUGCUCAAUUUCGCCUCACUGACCACCCAAAAGGCUAAAUCUCUUAAACACGAUGCGGGUGGAUUCGACGACCAAGACUUUGUUGCUCAACUAGUUACGUUCCUGGGUGGUCGACGUGCAGAUCAAGGCUGCACCCGCUAUGGAUUUUAUGCUAGGACCAUUGUCGUUGAGCAGAAGAAGCGUCAGGCGACACAACGCGCUAAGCUUGAUAAGAAUAAGAAAGAGGAAGUCAAACCCGAGGAGCUCGCAGCCGAGGACUUGAAACGAUCCGAAAAUGAGACGAGCGAAAAUAUCAAGCUGGUAUAUCGAAGGCUGGAACAAUGUCAAAGGAUCAACUUUUUCAAGUUUGUGAUCAACCCGACUAGUUUCGGACAAUCGGUCGAAAAUAUGUUCUAUGUUUCGUUUAUGAUACGCGAUGCCAAGAUUGCGUUCGAGGUCGUCGAUGAUGAGCCGUUUAUUUACGCAUGUGACCCUCCGGAUCAAAACGACUAUGCUGAGGGCGGGAUUCAGAAACGACAGUUGGUCAUGGAACUGGACGUGGCGACGUGGAAGCGGGCGAUUGAAGUAUUCAAUAUCACAGAGUCUGUCAUUCCGACUCGCGACUACUCGAAGAACAUGCAACCUCCAGGCAAGAAGGGCUGCCUAAUCCUCCUCACGCUCUUUACGAUGACACCGAACGCAGACCUUCAUUCACCCCCACAUGCCCCUGUUCAUCUCAGCAGCGCUGGAUGCUCCUCUACAACUCCUUCAUCUCCGGUCGUUGGCCCAUUUGGCCAAUGGGGAGAGCAGACUGAAGCUCUGCGCUCGUUUGGUAUGGGCUCAUUUGUGAACAAGGCCAAGGCCAUGCUUCGUGGCAAGCGGCACAGCUACCAGUGGGCCGGCACCUCCGAUCUUCGAGCAGACAAAGAUCUCUCCCGUCCGGCUGCUCCUCGCCAGUCCACUCUCCCCUCCAUACCUCUCCCAUCUACUUUUGGUGGAUUUUCCCGUCGCCCGACACGAAGGAGGAACGGCGGCUCGGUUCAAAUUUCAUCCCCAACACUCAUUUCUGGCCCCACGUUUGGCUGGGAGCCAUCUUUUGGUGGAGAAGACGUUUGGCCUCUUGACACGGAAGCGGACAUCAACCGAGAAUUUGUCCAUAUUCGGAGUUCCAGAUCGCACAACUAUGAGCGCCGCAGUUCUUUACCUGCAGGGAUUGACGGACAUGCCAAAUCCGACAGGUAUUCUCGCUCCAUGUCGGCUUCUACCCUCGUGCCACCCGACACAUCAUACCUCACAGUCGGCCCGCCAAGAGCUGGCUCCGUGCCGAACCUGCGGGAGUGUGGCAGCACAGAUUUUGCUUCGAGCAUUGAUAUUCCUUCUGAAUAUGGUGGUGUAUGCUCGAGCCCGUGCAUGAUGGAUGGUCUGGAAUUGGGGGUGUCGGAUACCAUGGCUGCCAUUAGCGAGGCUGGGUUAUUGGAUAGUUUGGAGUCGGAGGUUCUUGAGGAGGAUGCCGAACGGCUCCGUGAAGCUUUGGCCAACAUGUUCCCGAUGGUUGGAGUCCAGACUGAAGUCCGGCAAAAUCUCCCCACAGAUGCAACGAGUUUUGCCGAUAGGUCACACGGCACCAUCGAUGAAUCCCUUGAUGGCUCAAACUCACCCCUUUACCCUUUGCACACUCAAGAACGAGAUGAGCUUGGCCAACUUCAGCCUACUCCGGAAUCUGCCAGUGAACUUACACUGUCGACCAAUCUCGACAUCCAAUCUUUUGGAGGCCCUCAGGAAGUGGAGAUCACAUCAAACGACUUCUGUGCUCCAGAACUGGGUGUCACGACUGAACUGAAGACAGAUCUUUCUCGGCCAAUCUUGAAGCCUUUACAUAUCGAGAAUGUGGCGCCUCGGAACAUGCUUCAUGUCCCUUCGUCCGCUCCACCAAAAGUUCCCGCACGUUCGCCUUCUCGUCCGAACCUUGCGCAAAGAGCACACAGUUCGCCAGCCACUGUUACCUUGCAAACUACGCCUUUACGGGCCCCGUUGCAACCAUGUACGCCUGACUUGGCUCUCAAUACCUCCACGCUGUCGAGGCGGGGCUCUGGAAGCAGUUUCCGAACGGAACGAUCGCGCAAGACUGCUCGGUCGUUUGGGGCUGAUGUUCGGUCUGGCCGCCCACCAACACUAUGCCUGUUCCAAACCCGUCCCGGACAAACACAAACCCGUUCGAGUAGAAGCGCCAACGAAUGGAUUGUCAUUCGCGCAUCCCCUCCUCGCACUUUGCACCCUCAACGCAGCAAUCGAGGUCAUCCAUCCGACGGUCUGCAUAUGCGCAGUCGUCUAUCUCUAGUAGGCGUUCAGGGGUUGACCAAUCUGUCUACAAAAUCUGGGCUUCGUGCUUCUCAAUCGCGUAGUGCACUUCACACCAGGUCGCGGGCCAGACUAUAUUUCCAUGGAGUCAAUCCUAAACUAUCAACUGCGAAUCUGGAGGGGAAAUUGCUGCGACCUUCAGCUUCAGCUCGCUCCCUGCCCGAAAUCUCAAACGAGAAUUCGACACCAUUGACCGAAGCCCCUAACCGCCCGCCUAGGUCUCCCGCUCGGCCUCAUCCUGAAGACAGGCAGGGUACACGAACGACAAGGAGAACCGACCGGCCCCAAGGACCGAAGCUUACCGCUCCCUUUGAAGCUGCUAUCGAUCGUCGAUUCGCGCGAUCGAACUUUACGGUCACACCACCACCCACCCCUGGCCUUCACCGAUCGCGGACGACCAAGGGGCGACCAUCCGGGAUGUCUCGCAAGCAAGAGUUGAUGGAAGUCCAUGCUCUCGCUGCGGGCCUGGGUAACAAUGGCACAUCGCUUCGUCGCUCACCAACUAUAGCUGUUCCUCCAAGGAAUCCUGCCGAGUUGCCAUGGGCCCAAGGCCAGCCAACUGGAUCUAAUAUUUCACACACAAUUUUCAUCUCAAGAACAAUAUGGGCAUCUUCCUUGUUGCAUUUCGACUCUUUUCUCGUGUCAUUAUCGAACUCACAUGUAUUUAUCAUGGACUGGCCUCAUUCUACUCAUAGGACCUUUUUAGUGUCGCUCUUGCAUAGGAUACUACGGCUGUUAAUAUUGUAG